AUGAUCCCCCUCCCCACAAUCCAAGCCUCCAACCGCGGAAUCCCCACUCACCCGUCCAUCCCCUCCACCCCAAUCGCCCUCUUCGUCGGCGCCACCAGCGGCAUCGGCGAAGCGACCGUCAAACAGUUCGCCCAGCACACCCGGACCCUGACUCCGCGGGUGUAUCUCGUCGGCCGCAACGCCGCCGCCGGCCACCGCAUCACCCAGGAAUGCAGAGCCCUGAACCCGACCGGGGAAUUCGUGUUCCUGCAGGCCGACGUCAGCCUGCUGUCCGUAGUCGACGAGAUUAGUCUCAUGCUGCUGCGCGACGAACCCUACCUGAACCUCCUGUUUCUGAGCACAGGCACGACAGCCGGGAAAGCUGAAACCCCCGAAACCCUCCGUACCCUAACCGCCCUCCUCUACUACGCCCGCCUCCGCUUCACCCUCAACCUUCUCCCACUCCUGCACUCCACCACCCCCGGCCACCUGCGUCGGGUGAUCUCUGUCCUCGCCGGUGGCCACGAAGGCCCGGUCCUCGACGCCGCCGACCCAGACGGCCGCAGCCUCUCGAUGCGCGACUUCCGGGGCCAGAUCACCUCGAUGACAACCCUCGCGAUGGAGGUUCUGGCGGAGCGGGCGCCCUCCGUAGCGUUUGUGAAUGCGUACCCCGGCACAGUGCGGUCCGGGCUCUUCCGCGAGGCGGAUAGCUGGUACGGGUGGGUGACGUGGGCGGUUUUGGUCGUGAUCGGGCGGUGGGUGUAUAUCCCUACCGUGGAGAGUGGGGAGCGCCAUGUGUUUUUGGCGACGAGUGGGCGGUUUCGGGCUAGGGACAUUGGGGUGAAGGGAGGGGAUGGGGAGGGUGGGGUGAUGGUUGAGGGGGUGGAGAUGGCGAGAGGGACGGAUGGGAGGAUGGGGUCGGGGGUGUAUUCGGUGAAUUGGGAUGGGGAGGUGGCUGAGGAGAAGGUGAGGGAGGUGCUGGAGGAGUUGAGGAGGGAUGGGAUGAAGGAGGUGGUGUGGAGCGUGUUGGAGAGUGUGUUUGUUCGGGUUACGGGGAGGGUGAUGGUUGGAGGUUGAUGUUUGUGGGAGGUGGGAGGUGGGGUUGUAUUGAUAAUAUUUGUAUUGAUAAUCUCUUCAAGAGUAACAUGUCAUUGGGCUGAGUUGAGGGAGAUGUAAACAGGUUAUAAUGCAAUUUACCCUGACAUGCAAGUGGGUGGCAAUUAUAGAUGAAACAAG